AUGAAUGGCCAACCAUUGCGUCAACAGAUUGCCAGCAAGAGCAGUUUCGAUUGGAGUCAAGUCCCAUACAAAUACCCGCCUGGGCCUCUUACACCGUUGCCCACUGGCCGUCCCAAAUCAUUCCCUAACGUCCAAUUCCGCCACAAAGCUGGUAAUGCAGAACAUGAGAGGCUUCGGAAGUCGAGGCAGCGCAAAGUUCUGGCGACGUUCAUUGGCGACUGGGAAGCGUACAAGAAGUAUGCCUGGUUGAAAGACGCACUAAAGCCGAUCUCAGGGGGGUUCCAUGAUCAAUUUAGCGGCUGGGCCGCGACCCUUGUUGAUUCGCUCGACACGCUUUGGAUCAUGAGCCUCCGCGCUGAGUUUGAUGAGGCUGUCGAAGCUGUUGCGCAGAUUGACUUUGGCCAGUCAACUUCAUUUAGAGUGAACAUUUUCGAAACCAACAUUAGGUACCUGGGCGGCUUGAUCGCUGCUUAUGAUUUGAGCAAGCGGGAGGUGUUGCUGGCCAAAGCAAUAGAGCUUGGUGAUCUCAUAUAUGCAGGCUUUAAUACCAAAAAUCGAAUGCCUGUAGAUUUCAUUGACUUCAAUGUUGCAAAGACUGGGGAGGGUUUGAUAGUGGAGGGCUCGGUGGUUUCUGCUUCACCAGGAACACUAUCCCUCGAGCUCACACGGCUAUCGCAGAUUACUGGUGAUCCGAAAUAUUACGAUGCGAUCUCUCGAGUCAUGGACGUGUUUUACCAAGGCCAGCAGAGAUCCCGGCUUCCUGGUUUAUGGCCGACAUUCGUCUCCAUGAGUGAACAGAAUGUGACAUUCGGUGACGAGUUUACCCUAGCUGGUAGUGCGGACAGCUUAUAUGAAUACCUGCCCAAAAUGCAUGCUCUUCUGGGUGGCCUGGAGCCAAAAUACGAGGAGAUGAGUAGAAGAUUUCUAGAGGCAGCUAAGGCCUUGAUUUUCAGGCCGAUGAUUCCCACAAACGAAGCAAUACUCAUCCCAAGCAGCGGGAAAGUCGCUGGAGAUGGCAACGUUAUAUUGGACCAAGAGACAGAGCAUUUAGGAUGCUAUAUCGGUGGUGUCUAUGCCCUUGCUGGCAAACUACUCGGUGAAGAGGGCUAUAUCGACACUGGCUCAAGACUCACUCGCGGAUGUGUUUACGGAUACAGAUCAUUUCCCACCGGUAUAAUGCCCGAGCGGCUGAAUAUGUUAGCUUGCGAAUCCAUUGAGAAGUGCGAGUGGGAUGAGACCAAAUUCAAUAAAGAGAGAUCUAAACAGCACGAAUGGAAGGAACAUUUGCCCCUCGGGUUCACUACCGCAAAGGACCCUCGUUACCUCCUGAGACCAGAGGCUAUAGAGAGUGUUUUCAUUAUGUACCGAGUGACAGGGAAUCCGAUAUGGCAGGAAUAUGGCUGGGACAUGUUCAACGCCAUCGUCAACGGUACACGCACAGGCCUAGGUACACACGCAUCGGUCAAGGACGUGACCCGGAAAACCCCAACCUUGACGCAGGAAGAUUACAUGGAGAGUUUUUGGUUUGCAGAAACACUCAAGUACUUCUAUCUGCUAUUCUCUUCUCCAGAUAUCAUCAGUCUAGACGACUUUGUUUUGAACACUGAGGCUCACCCAUUCUUACGAUGUAAAUAA